AUGUGUUCUGUGCACAUUGCAUAUGGUUCGUUUGCCAGCCUGAUCGCGGAGACGUCUCCUCCAUGCGAGGCCCUGACAGUGGGCGACAUCCCGGACGAUGCAGCUCUGGCAUCGUACCUGCGCCGCGCAGGGAUCGACCCGACAGCCUAUGGCACGGGCAAGGCCAAAACUAUUGCCGCGCUCCUCAAGGAAGUGGUGAAGGGCGAGACAGUUCUGGAAUGGAAUGACAGCCAGUCACAGAUCCGCCGCGUCGUCGAGCCGGUUUUCAUCCAACUGAGAUGGGGGGACAAGGUUUUGGUUGAGACGGAGCAGAUCCUCAGUGAUGGCAGACCACGCCAGAGGAACAUGCUCAUGGCCGAGAAGAAAAGCCCGGAGGACGUCGACAUUGAACACUCAGCGCUGCGAGGAGUCAAGGAGGAGCUGCUCGAGAACGUCCCGGGCUGCGAGAUCGAUGUGCUGCGCCAUUUGCGCUUCAUGCAAGAGGCCUACUGUUGCGUGGCCGAGAAUUUGGAGUCGAACUCCUUCCCAGGCUUGCCAUGCGUCUACAUCACCCACUACUGUGGGGUGCAGAUCCUGGACAAUGCUUUGCCACUCUUCAAGGACAUUGGUUUUCUGGAAACGGACUUCGAGACCAAGGAGUCUGACGGCAAGAUCAAUAAAUGGCGCUGGGUGGACGUCAGCAACGCUCGGCAAGACAAGGUCAAAGGCUUCCCGAAGCUUGAAGAGGAUGGCAUGGAUCAGGCCGCCGAGGGGCUCUGGCAGCAGCUCGACACUCCUCAAGACCCUGGAGAUCUCCGUGUGCUUCUGGAGAUGGGUGGUGUGAAUGUCACAACCUGGGGCAUGUACACCGAGGAAUCCUUGAAGUGCCUUCUCGACGAGCUGAAGAUCGGGGCAUCUACGCUUGAGCGCGAUGAUGUUUCUGGAAAAGUCCGUCGGGCCAUUUGCUCAAACCUGGUCCAGCUCAAGGUCGAUGAGGCAGUGUCGCAACAGGGCCAGGGCCAAGGCUUCGGUCUCGGCGAUGCUCGGCGCAUGGUGCGAUUUCGACCGGAGAGAGGCGUCUGGGAGGUAGUGCAAAGCGACACCUCCUCGUAUCCGGGUCUCCCGUGCUGCUACCAGACGCGACUUGUGCAGUUCGACGCGAAGCACCAGGAGUUCCCUCGCAAGAUGCCCUCCGAUGCCAGCAUCAACGGCUUGCCGAAGGUCCGUCGACCCUCCUUCACUGACACCCUCAAUGGAGGUGCCCCACCUGGAGGAACUCUCUCCUCAGGCCCUUGCAGCCCGAAGAGUGCGCAGAGUGUCAGUUCCAUCCCAGGCUCGCUGUACAGUGAGAGCCCCGUUCGGGCGCGAGCGAAGCCGGCCGAAAAUAUGCAGGACACGAUUCAGGAAAUUCCGGACAAGGACAUCGUUGGUUCUGGCCUCUACCUUCAGGUGCUGAACAUGCACAAGGAUCUCCGCUUCCGGAUGGUGGCAAAGGAGUCUUCGGAGAAGGCUCCACCUCCUGCUUCUCAGGCCGUGGCCUGUUCUUGUGAAAUUUUGCUGAUCCGCAACAUCAACCCCCUGACGGCGACGUACCAGUGCCGCUUUUUUGUUUUCAUGGAAUGGUUUGAUCCAUCUGCUGUGGGAAUGCCUCUGGGAGACGUGUCCGAGGAGAACCGAAAGAAGCUUUCGAUCCCAGAGAUCGCUUUGCAGAACACGCUGAAAACGGGCUUGGAGAUCCACUCCCCGCCGGAAGUCAUCCACAGUGAAAGGGGGCACGUUGCAGCAAAGAUCCUCUACCAGGCUGUCAUGCAAAUGGAAAUUGACAUGCGGCUCUUCCCCUUCGACACCCAGAGGCUCAACAUCGUCCUAGGACUUCGUGCUCGCCGGGAUCGCGACCGCGCCAUCUUUUGCAGGUUUUGCCAUUGCGACAGCCAGAUUCGAUUGGAUGAAUGGAAAAUCCUUGGGACCUUCUUCGAUUCUGAUCGCCCGGAUGGCCGUGCUCGGGUGCAGUUCGGAGUGGUCAUCGGACGUGGCUACAUGUACUACGUCAUGAACGUGCUGAUCACGCUGUGUGCCAUUGCAUCCUCCUCGUUUGCCGGCUACUUCCUGCAGGUCGCACCUCCCUUCGACCGCUUGCGGUUUGGCGUAUCGAUCCUGUUUGCACAGACCACUUUCCGUCUGUCUAUUGACAGCAAGUUACCGAUCGUGGCAUAUGCAACAGCUUUCGACCACUUCGCUAUGUGCUGCCAAUUGCUCCUGCUGUCGAUGAUCGUUGGAGAUGUUAUCGUGGCCAUGCUUGCAGACAGGUGGUUUCACUUUGGUGGCAUGGAAGCUGCCAGAAUUGUUGACAAGGUCAUCCUCUUCACAUUGAUGCCCCUAUGGCUUCUGGCUCUCGUGAUCUUCAGCAUCUGGGUGGUGAGGACGCGGCAGAAGACUGCCCAGGCCCAGGCGCUCCUGAACCACGAGCCGUCGUCCUCUGCCGUCUCCACUUCCGCUGAGGGAGCAGCGCAUGGAGACUUCUCGGAAGAAGCGAUGGAACAAGUUUCCAAGCUGAAGAAUCGGCUCCGCUACACAUCGGCGCGACGCUUGUCGCCCACCAUGCAGCACCUCUCGAGCGAAGCGGUGGUUGUGUCGGGGCUUGUCUGGUUCCUCCACGAUAUUGAUCCUAUCCAAGCCCAGUACGAGUGCAAGUUCACUCUUUUCGUGGAGUGGUUGAGCCAAGAAGCAGUUGGGAUGAAGGCUGGAACUCGACUUUCGCAGGAUGACCUUGCGCGCCACAAAGCACCAGAGAUUGACGUUCACAACAAGGAUUUUGUUUCAGAAACCCACUCCGGACACCCAAUCCCUUGGGUUCAGGUGGAGCUCUCAGUGGAGGAUGGUCCCAGUGCCAUGGUGGCCGACUCCGAAACUGGCAGGAUCGUGAUGUGCACUCGCUACAUGGCCAAGCUUCAGCUGCGGCUGAAGCUGCGGAACUUUCCAUUCGACUGGCAGAGUCUUCCCAUCGACUUUACCAUGCCGGCCGAAAAGGACGUGAACCGAGCCUUUGUCUGUCGCUCCUUGGAGCUGCAGCCUUUGGCCAAGACGCUGGACGAAUGGACCUUCCAGGGGACCUGGACCUCCUGCGACUUCCACGAGGGGAUGAGCGCCGCCAGCAUGUACAUCGAGGUCAAGAGGAGGUCCCAGUACUACGUGGUUUCCGUGCUGGGCGUGAUGCUGGGAAUCUCGAGCUUGGUUUUCACAGUCUUCGCCAUCCAGGUGAAUACCGAGGGGGCGGGUUUCGACGAUCAAGGCAAGAUCCUGAUUUCGCUGCUGAUGACCCUGCUUGCGUUCAAGCUGCUGACUGCCUCAGGCAAGAUUCCCAAGGUGGCCAAGGCCACUAUCUUUGACCGCUAUGUUUUGGCAACCGAAACCUGCUUUUUCGCCACGGUGCUCUCCUGUACUCUGAUGCGUUUCGUCAUCUCGGACCCAGGCAUGGCACGCUUCUCGAUGGCGCUGCGUGGAGGCUUUUUUGCAGUCCUGCUUUGUUCUUGGCUCUUCUUCAACCUGGCCAUGGUCUUCAAGAUUCGUCGCUCCAAUGUCUUGGCCAACGCAGAGAUCCUGGAACGACAAGGUCGCCGUGGUUCCGUGCACGGGCCAGGCUUUGACGAGCAAGCCCUCAUCAUGUCUCGGCAGCCACGGAUGCCGGAAAUAGCUGUCGGCCCACAGGCCGUGCUGCUGGAGGUGAACUUCCAGCACGUUUUUGGAAUCAAUCCGGCGGCCGCUAACUUUACCUGUGUCUUCGAGGUCCGAAUGGCCUGGCUCGAUGAACGUGCGAAGGCCUGCUCGAGCAGCAUGGCCCUCGAUGCCAAAAGGUGCCAAGAGUUGGGCCAACCAAAGCUGACGGUCCAGAACGCACAGAGCACGAACACUACUUUCCUGUCCGGGCGGGUGGUCGAUGAGACGACUGGACACGUUACCUGCCACCUGAAGAUCAAAGCCCAAGUGCUGCUGAUGUUCAACUUGUCGAAUUUCCCGUGGGAUCAACAAUCGCUCUAUGUAGUGUUGAUGCUUCCGAGUCACUCGGACCGCGCACGUCACAUGGUCCUAACGGACUUGCAAGCCAGUGAGGACAAGACUGCCAAGACCGGCGAGUGGGCUGAGCUUGGCGUCUUUGGUGCUUCCUACCGCAUCACAGGCAUUUCGAAGGCGGUUUUUGGGCUCGAGAUGCAGCGGUUCUCCCGGUACUACGUGACAAGCCUGCUGUCUAUGUGCCUGUGGUCAACCUUUAUUCUCUUUGUCUACGCCUUGGAUGUGAAUGACUUCAAGGAGCGCGGCAAGGUGAUGGUGGGUGUCCUCGUCGUGCAGAACGUGGCAAAGGUCGCGGUCUCAAGCAAGAUGCCCCGUGUGGUCUGCAUCACGGCCUACGACAAGGUAGCCUUGAACAGUCUUGGACUCCUCUUCAGCAUCGGCCUUUUUACGGCAUUCCUUGACUUCCUUAGCCAGUUGGAGCUGCAGUGGCUCAACUUCGAGGUGCUGACCAUCGUGGAUCGAGUCGCUGGUGCGCUGUUCUGCCUGACAUGGCUGGCACUGAAUAUUCGGGCCAUUUGGCACGUGCGCCGCAACUCAUCCAAGGCCGAAUCCCUGGGCCUCGGCCGGUUGCCACGCAGCCUCUCAGGCCUCACACUGGAGGCUGACCCCAACCCGGAUGUUGCAGAGCAGCUCGAAAUUCUGAGAAGGCCGUCGGAUCCGCUUGGCAAGAGGCCUCUCAACACUGUUCGAAAGACCAGCAGGUCAUCCGACGGGUUGGGUGGCAUCGUGACUGUGAAGCUGGGGGUCAAAUUCUGGUUGGUGUCGGACAUUGAUGUCGCCGCCGCGAGUUUCAUGGCCAAGUUCCACGUGAUCAUGGAGUGGGUGGAUCAGGCCGCGGUGGGCAUGCCGCAAGCCACCCGCAUUUCACACAAGGUUGUGCCAAAUGUGAGCGUGCGAAAUGCCAUCACGGUUGCCUUGGAAGAGUACUCGGACAUCAUCGUUCUGGACGAGAAGACGGGUCGCAUCACGUGCCGUCUGCACAUCAACGCCGUCUUCCACAACGACUACUGCUUGGACAGCUUCCCCUUCGACUGCCAGCGUCUGGUCGUGGAGAUGCAGCUCAUAGACUGUGAAGGCUUCGAGCUGGCCCCCAGCUUCUGUGAUGCUGCUGACCAGUCCAAGAACUUGGACGGCUGGAAUGUGAAGGACUCGGUGGUUGCGCUGGCACCUUCCUUGGAGGAGAAUCCCAAGCAGAAAGUCAAGGUAUGUCUCCUCGCUGAGCGUCAAGCAGGUUUCUAUGUCAAGCAGGUUCUCAGCAUCUACUGGUUUCUGUCGACAUUGAUGUUCUCCUUCUUCGUCCUGCCGUCGUCAGAAUUUACGAAGAGGUUGGUGGACAUCUUGAAGAUUGUGCUGACUCAGACCACAUUUCGCUUUUCUGUGGAGCAUCGACUGCCCAAAGUGCAGCAUUGGACGCCCUUCGACAUCUACCUGAUCUCCUGCCAGAUGCUGGCGUGUCUAAUUGUGGGAACAUUCAUGGGAUGCUACUAUCUGAGCAAAGACUCCAGCAGAGCAUGCUUUCUCCAGGAGAUCGAGCGGGCUUUGCUGGUGGGAUUGGCAGCUCUAUGGGUGUUGUGGAAUCUCUGCUUUGUGCUCUAUGCCAUCCAUCGCAAGAAGUCCGAGCUGCUUGGGGCCAGGCUGGCGAUGAGAUCUGGUCUCAUCCUGCCGCAGCGCAUCAGCUCAGGGCUGCUGCCACGCUUCAGCCGUUCCCCGCGCCAACUUUCCUCGGGUGAGGUUCAGCAGGUUGAGACGUUGACGGCCGGCAACAGGGAUUCCGAGCUGCCCUUGACACCACAGUACUCGCGAGGUUCUGAGCUCCGCGCCUUCACGAACCAGGAUUCCAAAGUCGGGGAGACACAGGUGAUUUCUAUUGCUUUCCGGAUUUGGCUGAUCCGCAAUGUGGACCUUGUGAAAGCCACCUUCGAGUGCAAGUUUCGUGUAUUCUUAGAAUGGCUGGACGAAAGCGCAGUAGGCCUGGAGAAGGGCAAGAAGGCUAAAGAGCUGAAGGUUCCAUCCCUUGCCAUCACGAACGCCAUCCAAGCCGAGGUGAUCGACAGGAGCUCGGCUCCCGAAGUUGUGAACCCGAAGACCGGGCAUGUAGCUGUUCAGAUGCUGUUCCGCGCAACGCUGAGAAUGGACCAGCAAGUGCGUCACUUUCCCUUUGACUGCCAGUGGCUGGCGAUCACUGUGUCUCUGAAGGAAGAGGGAUGUGCUCGCAACCGCUCCUUCCUCUUCCAGUACUGCGAGGUGGAUGAGGGCCUUUCGCUGGAUGAGUGGUACAUCUGUCCAGAUCCUGCCUUCAGCACACUGACAAAGCACGAUGCCCCAAGCAUCCAAGACACGGUCAUGUGCGGCCUGCUCAUCCGUCGUGCCUCCCGCUACUACGUGGUUAACAUCAUGCUUAUGCUCGGCCUCAUCUCCUCAGUGGCCUUUGCUAUCUACACGGUGGAUGUCAGCCUCUUCUGGGAGCGGGCAGAGGUGUUCCUUGGUAUCUUUCCGCUAAUCGUCGUCUUCAAAAUGUCGGCACAGGGCAAGCUGCCGAGGGUGGGCUACUCCACGAAGUUCGACCAAUUUGCAAUGGCAUGCCAGAUGCUGUUCCUCAUCAUCGUGAUGGGCUGUAUGGCUGCUUCCUUCGUCUCGAACAUGCCCGUUUGGUUCCGAUCCUGCGUGUACCUAUCCACCGAGGAUCUCACGGAUCAAGACCUCGCAACCAUCGACCUUAUACGUCAUGUGGAGCACAUCUGCAUGUUUGUCCUGGUGGGCCUUUGGAUGUUUUGGAUCGGGCGGUUCAGCUUUUUUGCUGUCCGCACUUCCCGGCUGCAACCCGUGGAUGGGGUGCAGAGCAGCGUGAGGAUCAAGCUUCAGGGCCUGUCUGCUGACGCUGCGCCUGCUGCGGGUCUUGGUGGUGCGCCGGUCGAGGGACUGGCGCCAAGUCUAUCUGUCGUUGCCGAACAAGAGAAGACCCGAUCAAAGGGCCGGCCUAGCCUCCUUGUGGCUCUGGGCUUCGGCGAUGACAAGGCGAAGUGA